AUGUCUGGUCGCAGUAAGGGUGGUAAAGGCUUGGGGAAGGGGGGUGCCAAGCACCAUUGUAAAGUGCUUCGGGAUAACAUCCAAGGUAUUACCAAGCCAGCGAUUCGUCGCUUGGCUCGAUGCGGGGUAGUGAAGCAUAUUUUGGACUUGAUCUACGAAGAGACCCGGGGAGUGCUGAAGGUGUUCUUGGAGAACAUGAUCCGCGAUGCUGUCACUUACAGUCUUUCGCUUGGCAUGUUCAGUGUAACGGCUGUGGAUGUGGUUUAUGCCUUGAAGCGCCAGGGUCGUACUCUCUAUGGUUUUGGCGGCUAA